GGAGGCCCCGCCCGGCCGGGUUCCGGCACUCGCCGCAGGGUCCCGGCCGGCGGCAGGUUGCGCGCCCCCGUCCGCAGCGCUCGGCGUGAGGGCGGCUCGGGAGGAGGGUGUGAGCGCGCGUCGCCGGGCCGGGGCCCGGCAAGGAGCGGGAAAGGCGGGAGGCGGGAGCGCCGGUCGCCCGGGAGCCGCGCGGAGGGGCAGGCGGGGCGGGGCGCGGCCGGGGGCCCGGGCGGCCGGGAGCCGCGCCGCCCGCGGCAGGCCCGGGCCCUCGGCCCGCCCCGCGCGCGCGCCCCCGCCAGCCCGGCCCUCCUCCUCCCCGCCGCCCCUCCCGCGCGCGUCCACCGGCUCCCCGGCUCGCGCCGCUCCAUGUAGCCCCGGAUCCCCGGGCGGCCGCGGAGGAGGGGGCGACCACAAGAUGGCGGACCUCUCGCUGCUUCAGGAGGACCUGCAGGAGGACGCAGACGGAUCCCUGGACUUUGUCUCACAAGAUGAAAUGUUGACGCCCCUGGGGAGAUUGGACAAGUAUGCUGCAAGUGAGAACAUAUUUAACAGACAAAUGGUGGCCCGGAGUUUGCUCGAUACCUUGAGGGAAGUCUGCGAUGAUGAAAGAGAUUGUAUUGCUGUUUUGGAAAGAAUUAGCAGAUUGGCCGAUGAUUCAGAACCAACUGUGAGAGCGGAGCUGAUGGAACAGGUGCCUCACAUCGCACUGUUUUGUCAAGAAAACCGGCCUUCAAUACCAUAUGCUUUUUCAAAAUUCUUACUACCUAUUGUGGUUAGAUACCUUGCAGAUCAGAAUAAUCAGGUGAGGAAAACAAGUCAGGCAGCUUUGCUGGCUCUGUUGGAGCAGGAGCUCAUUGAACGAUUUGAUGUGGAGACCAAAGUGUGCCCUGUCCUCAUAGAGCUGACAGCCCCAGAUAGCAAUGAUGAUGUGAAAACAGAAGCUGUGGCUAUAAUGUGCAAAAUGGCUCCCAUGGUUGGGAAGGAUAUUACAGAGCGUCUUAUCCUCCCUAGGUUUUGUGAGAUGUGCUGCGAUUGCAGAAUGUUUCACGUUCGAAAGGUCUGUGCUGCCAAUUUUGGAGAUAUUUGCAGUGUAGUUGGCCAGCAAGCUACUGAAGAAAUGUUGCUGCCCAGAUUUUUCCAGCUUUGUUCUGAUAAUGUAUGGGGAGUCCGAAAGGCUUGUGCUGAAUGCUUCAUGGCGGUUUCAUGUGCAACAUGUCAAGAAAUCCGACGGACCAAAUUAUCAGCACUUUUUAUUAAUUUGAUCAGUGAUCCUUCACGUUGGGUUCGCCAAGCAGCUUUUCAGUCUCUGGGACCUUUCAUAUCUACUUUUGCUAAUCCAUCUAGCUCAGGCCAGUAUUUUAAAGAAGAAAGCAAAAGUUCAGAAGAGAUGUCAGUAGAAAACAAAAAUAGGACCAGAGAUCAAGAAGCCCCAGAGGAUGUACAAGUCAGGCCAGAGGAUACUCCUUCAGAUCUCAGUGUUAGUAAUUCCAGUGUCAUACUGGAAAACACGAUGGAAGACCAUGCUGCUGAGGCAUCCGGGAAGCCUCUAGGUGAAAUUAGUGUUCCACUGGACAGCUCUUUACUUUGUACUUUGUCCUCAGAAUCUCACCAGGAAGCAGCUAGUAAUGAGAAUGAUAAAAAACCUGGUAACUACAAAUCUAUGUUACGACCAGAGGUUGGCACCACUUCACAAGAUUCAGCUCUCUUAGAUCAGGAAUUGUAUAACUCCUUCCAUUUCUGGAGGACUCCUCUUCCUGAAAUAGAUCUAGACAUAGAGCUUGAACAGAACUCUGGGGGAAAACCCAGCCCAGAGGGACCAGAGGAAGAAUCUGAGGGCCCUGUGCCCAGUUCUCCAAACAUCACCAUGGCCACCAGAAAGGAACUGGAAGAAAUGAUAGAAAAUCUAGAGCCCCACAUUGAUGAUCCAGAUGUUAAAGCACAAGUGGAAGUGCUGUCCGCUGCACUACGUGCUUCCAGCCUGGAUGCACAUGAAGAGACCAUCAGUAUAGAAAAGAGAAGUGAUUUGCAAGAUGAACUGGAUAUAAAUGAGCUACCAAAUUGUAAAAUAAAUAAAGAAGAUUCUGUGCCUUUAAUCAGCGAUGCUGUUGAGAAUAUGGACUCCAGUCUUCACUAUAUUCACAACGAUUCAGACUUGAGCAACAAUAGCAGUUUUAGCCCUGAUGAGGAAAGGAGAACUAAAGUACAAGAUGUUGUACCUCAGGCAUUGUUAGAUCAGUAUUUAUCUAUGACUGACCCUUCUCGUGCACAGACGGUUGACACUGAAAUUGCUAAGCACUGUGCAUAUAGCCUCCCUGGUGUGGCCUUGACACUCGGAAGACAGAAUUGGCACUGCCUGAGAGAGACGUAUGAGACUCUGGCCUCAGACAUGCAGUGGAAAGUUCGACGAACUCUAGCAUUCUCCAUCCACGAGCUUGCAGUUAUUCUUGGAGAUCAGUUGACAGCUGCAGAUCUGGUUCCAAUUUUUAAUGGAUUUUUAAAAGACCUCGAUGAAGUCAGGAUAGGUGUUCUUAAACACUUGCAUGAUUUUCUGAAGCUUCUUCAUAUUGACAAAAGAAGAGAAUAUCUUUAUCAACUUCAGGAGUUUUUGGUGACAGAUAAUAGUAGAAAUUGGCGGUUUCGAGCUGAACUGGCUGAACAGCUGAUUUUACUUCUAGAGUUAUAUAGUCCCAGAGAUGUUUAUGACUAUUUACGUCCCAUUGCUCUGAAUCUGUGUGCAGACAAAGUUUCUUCUGUUCGUUGGAUUUCCUACAAGUUGGUCAGCGAGAUGGUGAAGAAGCUGCACGCGGCAACACCACCAACGUUCGGAGUGGACCUCAUCAAUGAGCUUGUGGAGAACUUUGGCAGAUGUCCCAAGUGGUCUGGUCGGCAAGCCUUUGUCUUUGUCUGCCAGACUGUCAUCGAGGACGACUGCCUUCCCAUGGACCAGUUUGCUGUGCAUCUCAUGCCGCAUCUGCUAACCUUAGCAAACGACAGGGUUCCUAACGUGCGAGUGCUGCUUGCAAAGACAUUAAGACAAACUCUACUAGAAAAAGACUAUUUCUUGGCCUCUGCCAGCUGCCACCAGGAGGCUGUGGAGCAGACCAUCAUGGCUCUUCAGAUGGACCGUGACAGCGAUGUCAAGUAUUUUGCAAGCAUCCACCCUGCCAGUACCAAAAUCUCUGAAGAUGCCAUGAGCACAGCGUCCUCAACCUACUAGAAGGCUUGAAUCUCGGUGUCUUUCCUGCUUCCAUGAGAGCUGAGGUUCAGUGGGCAUUCCCCACGCAUGUGACCUGGGAUAGCUUCCUCUCCUGCGGACAUCAUUGCAGGUGCAAGUUGCCUACACCCAAUACCAGGGAUUUUAAGAGUCAAGAGAAAGUACAGUAAACACUAUUAUCUUAUCUUGACUUUAAGGGGAAAUAAUUUCUCAGAGGAUUAUAAUUGUCACCGAAGCCUUAAAUCCUUCUGUCUUCCUGACUGAAUGAAACUUGAAUUGGCAGAGCAUUUUCCUUAUGGAAGGGAUGAGAUUCCCAGAGACCUGCAUUGCUUUCUCCUGGUUUUAUUUAACAAUCGACAAAUGAAAUUCUUACAGCCUGAAGGCAGACGUGUGCCCAGAUGUGAAAGAGACCUUCAUUCAGUAUCAGCCCUAACUCUUCUCUCCCAGGAAGGACUUGCUGGGCUCUGUGGCCAGCUAUCCAGCCCAGCCCUGUGUGUGAAUCGUUUGUGACGUGUGCAAAUGGGAAAGGAGGGGUUUUUUACAUCUCCUAAAGGGCCUGAUGCUAACACAAGUAGGAUUGACUUUAACUCUUAAGCGCAGCAUAUUGCUGUACACAUUUACAGAAUGGUUGCUGAGUGUCUUUGUCUGAUUUUUUCAUGCUGGUCAUGACCUGAAGGAAAUUUAUUAGACGUAUAAUGUAUGUCUGGUGUUUUUAACUUGAUCAUGAUCAGCUCUGAGGUGCAACUUCUUCACAUACUGUACAUACCUGUGACCACUCUUGGGAGUGCUGCAGUCUUUAAUCAUGCUGUUUAAACUGUUGUGGCACAAGUUCUCUUGUCCAAAUAAAAUUUAUUAAUAAGAUCUAUAGAGAGAUAAAUAUACACCUUUGAUUGUUUUCUAGAUGUCUACCAAUAAAUGCAAUUUGUGACCUGUA